AUUAAAACAUCUAAUUAAAUUGUUUAUUUAUUAAAAAUGUCAUCAAAAAAUAUUGUUCAAAAUAGUGAUGUUGCAGUUAUAGGUAUUGGUUUUAGAGCACCAAGUGGUAGUUUAACAAAAUCGAUUUCAAAAACAAAUCAAUUAUGGGAGAGCUUGGUAAAUGGUUUCGAUGGUAUCGUAGAAACAUCUGAAAGAUGGUCUGAUAACUAUAGUGCCACUGGUGAUAUUGCUUCCAAAUAUGCUGGUCUUAUUCCACUUGAUGAAUGGAAGUCUUUUGAUCCAAUUUUCUUUGGAAUCAAUCCAAGUGACGAACAUGUCAAUACAAUCGAUCCACAACAAAGAUUAUUGUUAAAGUGUACAUGGGAAGCAUUAGAAGAUAGCGGUAUUGAUCCAUUGACAUUGAGAGGCUCAAAUACAAGUACAUUUAUUGGUUCAUCAACUGUAGACUACGAUGCUACCAAUAAAUCACCUUUUGAAACUCAAAAAAACCUUUUUGGCGGAUCACUUCAUUCAAUAGCAAAUAGAAUAUCAUAUUGCUUUGAUUUUCGUGGCGAAUCUAUGUCAAUUGAUACUGCAUGUAGCUCAUCAUUAAAUGCAAUGCAUCUUGGUUACAACUCUAUCAAAUACAGUAAAUCUGAUGUUUCUAUUGUAGGUGGUGUUCAUCUAAUGCUUGACCCAAAUACAUCAAAAUCAUUUUCUCAUUUAUCAAUGUUAGGUCCAACUGGAAAGUGUCACUCAUUUUCAUCUGAUGCAGAUGGAUAUGUACGUUCAGAGUGUGUCGGUGUUAUUGUAUUGAAAAGUUUAGAACAAGCAAUCAAAGAUGGUAAUAACAUUUAUUGUGUCGUCAAAGGUUCAAGUUCAAAUGUAGAUGGUAACUAUGAUAAAUCAAACUUUUAUUCACCAUCAAAAUCAUCACAAUAUGAAAAUAUUAAAUCUGCAAUCGAAUCUACCAAUGGUCAAAUCAAUGCAUCAGAUAUUGAUUAUGUCGAAUGUCACGGUACUGGUACACCAACUGGUGAUCCAAUAGAACUAGAAGGUAUUUCAAGAGUAUUCAAAGAUACAAACAAACAAGUUUUAAUUGGUUCCAUUAAAUCAAAUAUCGGUCAUGGAGAGGCAUCAUCAGGUGUAAUGUCAUUUAUCAAAUGUUGUGUAAUGUUUAAAAACCAAACAUUUGUUCAAAAUAUCAACUUUAAAUCACCAAACCCAGCUAUUAAAUUCGAUGAAUGGCGUCUAAAAGUUGUAACUGAACCAACACCAUUUCAGAAAAACAAAAACACUGUUAUGGCAAUUAAUAACUUUGGUAUUACUGGAUCAAAUUGUUGUUUUCUUUUAUCAGAAUAUUGUAUAAAAAAAAGUCAAAACUUAAAUAUAAUAAAUAAAAAGUAUUUAAUACCAUUCUCAUCCAACUCAUCAACAUCACUUGAAAAAUACAAACAAAUUAUUAUGGAUCAAUCAGACACAUUAGUUUUUAAUGAAUUUGUAAAUAAUCAAAUCAAAUUUAAAUCAACAUCACUCUCUCAAAGAUCAGUUAUUAUUGCAAGUAAUUGGAAAGAGUUUAAUGAUAAACAAAACCAUCAGAUUUCCUCAAAUUCAAAUACAUUUUCAAAUAUUAAAAAAGAAAAUAAGGCUCCGUUUACAGUUUUUGUUAUUUGUGGCCAAGGAUCACAACAUAAUCGAAUGGCAUUAGAACUAUAUGAAAAUGAAACAAUAUUCAAACAAUGGGUAGAUAAAUUCGACAAUGAACUAUUCAAAUACUAUGGGUACUCUGUUUUACAAAAACUAAGAUCAAUCGAUGAUAAAGAUAUUAUAUCAAUAAACGAGUCAAUUCUUGCACAACCUGCAAAUAUUAUGAUUCAAGUAUCAUUAUUCGAACUUUAUAAACACUGGGGUAUCAAAGCAGAUUUAAUCGUUGGUCAUUCUCUUGGUGAAAUAUCAGCAUCAUAUUGCUCUGGUAUGAUUGACUUUGAAACAGUAUGUUAUUUAGCAUACCACAGAUCGGUAGCUCAAAAUAAAACAACUGGUACUGGUAGAAUGCUAUCUGUAAAUAUAAGUGCAGAAGAAUAUUUAUCAAAUUAUUCAUCAAAAUACCCAACAGUCGACAUUUCUUGCUACAACUCACCAUCAUCAAUUGUAGUAUCAGGUAAAGAGCAUUUACUAAAUGAAAUUGUAACUGAUUUAAAAUCAAAAGAUAUAUUUUGUGCAAUGUUAGGGUCACUAUCAUCAUUCCAUACAUCCAGUCAAUUAGUUAUUAAAGAUGAAAUAUGUUCAAUGAACAUUAAAUCAAAACAAUCAACAACACCAAUAUUUUCAACAGUCACAACCAACCUAUUUAACCACGAAGCAACACCAUUCAAUUCAGAAUAUGUAUUUGAAAAUGUUUUACAACCAGUAAAAUUCGCCCAAACCAUUUCAAACAUAUACAAAUAUAUUGAAGAAAACAACUAUGGUAACGAAGUAACAUUUAUCGAAAUUGCACCACAUCCAACAUUAUCAUUCUAUUUAAAUCAAAUGAAAUCAACACAAUCACCAUAUUUUAAUAAUGGAAAAAAAAUAACUAUUCACUCACCACUUCACAAAAAGAAAAAUGACUAUGAUGAAUUUUUAAUCACAAUUUCAAAACUUUACAUAAACCAUUCAUUUAAUAUCAACUUUAAAUCACAACUAGAUCACAACAACAUAAUUUCAAUUAAUUGCUUACCAUUAUAUCAAUGGGAUGAUAAAAUUUAUUACAAACAAAAUUCAGCAUAUGAAAAAAUAAAAAAAGAAGGACCUCCAAUUCAAAUUCUUGGUAAUAAAAAUGAAUCACCAUUUAUAUCUUAUCAAACAUUCAUAGAUACUAAAAAACUACCAUUCCAAUGGUUAAAAGGACAUAUAGUAAAAGGUAAAAACUACUUCCCAGGGUGUGGAUACAUCACUAAUUUAUUCAACAUCUAUCCAAAUCAAGAUAUUACAAUCAGCUCAAUUGAAUUUAAAUCACCAUUAAUUUUACAAGAUGAUGUUAAUCAAUGUCUACAAACAACCAUUUUUACACUUUCAAAAAAUGAAUUCAAUGCUAAAUCACACUUUAAAGAUACAAUUUCAAAUCAUUGGGUAUUAUGCUCCGCUUGUAACUUUAGUUUAUUCAAACAUGGUAACGAAAUAAACCGAAUCAAUAUUGAUGAAAUAAGAAAUAAAUGUAACUUUACUAAACUAUCAAAAUCAGAGCUUUAUGAAUCAAUUAGAAUCAAAACCGGAUUAUCACUCAAAGGUUUAUUCCAAGGUGUCAAAGAAUGCUAUGUUGGUGAUCAUUGUUCUCUAGCGACUAUAUCAUUAAAUGAAAUUCAAAAUCAAAAUGAAUUCAAUCAUUUACUCAACAACGAUACAAUGAAACCAUUCUUUACUACUACAAUACUUGAUGCAUGUUUUCAUGGAAUACUAAGUUUUAUCAAACAUCAAUGUCAAAUUGUAUUAGAUAAAAUCGAAGGAUUUAAAUACUACUCAUCAAACAUACCAUCACCAACUGAUCAACAACAUUCAGAAAUAUAUGUAUAUUCUGAAAUGAAAUCAAGAAUCAGUUUAUACGCAUACUCUGGAUCUAUCAAAGUAAUGUUAAAUGAUGGCACAUUAUUAAUUGAAAUGACCAAUGUUGUUUGUACAUCACUUUCACCAAUAAUUGAUAAUACCAUUAUUAUCCCACCACCAUCCAAUGAAAUCUAUCUACCAAUUCAACAAUCAAAAGACUCUAUCAUUAAUAACCCACAAUCAUUUAAACACUUGUGCCAAUUAGAAGAAUUAGGGGUAGAUGAAAUUCAUUUACAAAAAGAAACAAAUGAGCACUUAUUAACUUAUUUUUACUAUCAAAUUAAUCAAAGACGUCCAAAUAUCAACAGAGAAACAUUAUCAACAAUAGAUUAUAAUCAAUUCAAACAACUCUACCAUAACGAUGGUGUAAAUGAAAAUUAUUUUUUCUUUAUUUUCGAUAUUUUAAAACAAUAUAAUAGUUUAGGUAUCAAUAAACAAUUAAAUGAAUUCCCUGAUGGAAAUAAUGAUAAACAUGUUAAGCUUUUAGAAAAAACAACAGUAGUUAUGGCAAAACAAAUAUUCCCAUUAGAAACUGAUGAUCCAAACAUUGACACCCCUCAAUCAUUAUUUGAAGAUAGAUUUUUAGAUCAAUUUUAUCAAAAAUCAAGUAUACUUAAACCAAUAAACAAUUUAUUAUGUGAUAUUGUUUCAGAAUCAAUUAAACCGAUUAUUAAUGAACCAAUAGUAUUCAGAAUAUUAGAAUUUGGAGGCGGUGUAGGCUCAUUAUCAAUUUCGGUAUUAAAUAAAAUCAACAAACUUAUAAAUGAUAAUCCAUCAUCAAAUAUCGAUAUUGAAUACACAUGGAGCGAUAUUUCACCAUCAUUUUUUUCAAAUAUUAAAGAAAAACUUUCAAAAAUCAAAGGUGUCAAUAUAAUCUAUCGUACUCUAGAUUUAGACAAACCAUUUAAAGAUCAAGAUUUAAAAUCAUCUUAUUAUGAUAUGGUUAUAAUGUCAUUUGUAUUACAUGUUGUAAAACAGAUUAGAUUCAGUUUAAAUGAAAUUCAUAAUAUUUUAACACCAAAUGGUCAAAUUGUAUUUAUUGAACCACCAUACAAAUCAUUAUUUAAUGAUUUCAUAUUCGGUGUAUUCCCACAAUGGUGGCCAUCACCAGAAGAUAUCGACAUCAGAAAAGAUAGAAGCUGUAUGAAAAUUGAAACCUGGUACAAACUACUAAAUGAAUGCAAUUAUAAAGAUACAGCAAUAUCUGGAAAUGAUAAGACACCAUUUUUAAUUCAAACAAGAAAAUCAAAUAUAAAUGAAAUGGUAUUAUCAAAUAUUGAAUCAAUGAAACAAUUAGCAUCUCAUGAUAAUAUUAUAUUUUUUGGUAAUAGCAGAGAUGGCACACAAAUCAGUGAAUCAUUCAAAUCAAAUCAACAAUUAAGUUCAAAAAUUAUACAAAUUGAUAACUUUAAUGAACUUAACAACUGGAUUAUUAAUUCAAUCGAUUCAAUAAGACAAAGUAAAACAUUAAUCAUCUUUAUGAAAGCAAUUGAUACAUUGGAUAUCAAUAAUUUUAAAGAAAUAACAUUUGAAUACAUUCAAAUUAAUCAAAUGUUACUUCAACAUGAAAUUGAAAACUUUUUUAAACACAUUUUAAUAUUAUUAAACUCAACAACAAACAACUAUUUAUCAUCAUCAAUCAAUGGAGCAGCAAGAUAUUUCGCAGAAUUCCCACAAUUAGAUUUAUAUUCAUUAGAUUUCGAUAAUAUUUCAAUUCAAAAUGAAAAUAUACUAUCACUUAUCGAUAUAUUAAUAAAUCCAACAACAAAUAUUCAAAGAGAAUUUACAAUUAAAAACAACACAGUAUAUUAUGAAAGAUAUAAAAAACAAACAAAAAUUAAACAAACAUUUACAUCAAACUCAUUUGAAACAAAUAUAGAUAAUUUAUUGAUUCAACUUGAUCCAAACUUAGAAUAUGUAUUAAAAACUAAAAAAAAAGUAUUAAAACCAAAUGAAAUUGAAGUUCAAACAAAAGGUACCGGUAUCAAUUAUAAAGACUAUUUAAUAUAUAUUGGUCAAAUAUCAAAUAGUGUUGAUCUCAAAAAAGGUAAAAAAUUAGAAAUUGAAACCGGAUUAAAUCAAAUGCCAAAUAUUGGAAAUGACUUUAGUGGUAUUAUUACUCGUUGUGGCAGUAGUGUAAAGAAAUUUAAAAUUGGAGAUGAAGUAUUUGGAGUUGCUUCAAAAACUAGUGGAUCACAUAUUAUAAUCGAUUAUAGAUAUGUUUAUUACAAACCAUCAAAUAUUUCACAUAUACAAGCAGCAUCUAUUCCAACAGUUUAUGUUACCACAUUACACAGUAUAUUCUAUACUGGUAAUUUACAAGAAGAUCAAACAAUUUUAAUUCACUCAGCAGCAGGUGGUGUUGGUCUUUCAGCAUUAGAACUUUUAAAGUGUAAACAACACAAAGGUUAUAUAUUUUUAACAGUCGGUUCAAAAGAUAAAGAAGAAUACUUGAUUAAUAAAUAUGGCUCAUUAAUUACUGGUAUCUAUUCAUCAAGAAAUAAAAACUAUGUUCAUCAAAUUAAAGAAAAAUUAAAACAAUUACAAUGUGACAAAUGUCAUCAAGGUGUAGAUUUAAUAUUAAACACACUUUCAUCAGAAUAUAUGGAUUCAAAUUUCCAAUGUUUAAAUAGCCAUGGUAGAAUUGUAGAUCUUUCAAUUACACAUUUAACAACAGAUGAUUAUAUGACAAACAAUCACUUUAAAUACAACUAUGGAUAUAAUAAUGUUGAACUUGUUGAUUUUUCGGGACUAUUUUUUAAAGGUUAUUUAAAAAAAUUGUACAAAAUGUUCAGUUCAAAUAAAUUAGAACUAAUUCCAAUUACCGAAUAUUCAAAUGAUCAAUUUAAAGAUGCAAUCGAAUAUAUUAAUGAAAGACAACAUAUUGGUAAAAUCGUUAUAAAUCAUGAUAUAGAUAUGUUAUCAAAAGUAUUUAAUGAACAAAAACAAAGUGAUCAAAUCAUUAUGAAGAACACUUAUGAUAUAUCAAGAUUAGAUAUCGGUAAAAACAUAUUAGUAACAGGUCAAACAGGUAUUAUAUUAGAAAUUAUGAAAUGGAUUGUUAAAUAUUCAAACAAAUCAAUCGAUAAUAUUAUAAUUUUAUCAAAAUCACCAUUAAAAUGGGAACUAGAACUUUUAAUCAAUCAAACUAAACAUCAAAAAGAUAAUACAAUUAAUUUCCACUUUAAUCAAAUCGAUAUCGAAGAUAGUAAUAAAGUUCAUGAUGUAUUAAACAAUCUAGAAUCAAACUCAAACAUUACAAAUAUCGAUACAGUAAUUCACUUUGCAUUUAUAACUGAUAUUUGUGAUGUUCAAGAUAUCAAUAUGAAUGGUUUAAAUAUGACACAUGGUCCAAAAACAAUUGGUGCAUUCAAUUUACACAAUGAAUCAAUUCAACGUUCAUGGAAAUUAAAACAAUUUAUAAUGGCAUCAUCUGUAUCAUCAAAUAUAGGUUCAUAUAGACAAUGUUGUUAUGUUAGUGCUUGCAAUACAAUUGACUCAUUAUCAACAUAUAGACAAUCAAUUGGACUACCAUCACUAUCAGUAAAUUUAGGUGCAGUAUUAUCAACUGGAAUUGUAUCAAGAAACGAAGCAAUGGAAGAAAUAAUAGAAUCAUCAAUUUAUAAUUUUAUUUCGCCACAAUUAAUUUUAAGUUCACUAGAUCUCUUCAUUCAAGAUAAAAAAAAUUAUUCAAACUAUUGUUUGUGUAAUUUUAAUUUUGAAAACGUGGUAUCUUCAAAACCAAACUCUAAUUAUUAUAAACUUGACUAUCAAUCCAAUAUGAUUAAAAAAUCACAUUUAUCAUUAGAAGGUGGAAGUAACCAAGAAAUUUUAAAAACUAAAGUAAUAAAUAAAAUAUCAGAACUACUUUCAAUCGAUGAGUCAAAAAUCAACUUAGAUUUCCAUUUAACUCAGUAUGGUCUCGAUAGUUUAGUUAUUGUUCAAUUAAAGAACUGGAUAGAUAAGCAAAUAGGUAGAAAUAUAAUUACAAUACAACAAUUACAAACCAAUAGUAUAUCCCAAUCACUACAUAUUAUUUUUAAAAACCAUAUGGAAAAUAAUAAAAAAAAAUAA